GUGGUACACAACAUGUCAGAGAACCUGCGAAAAAGCGCCAGUCCACACUAUUCAUUGUUUUCUUAAUAUUUCAACCAAGAAGUAUGCCGAAGAAAAAGGGAAAGAAGGGGAAAAAAGCGAAAGGAAAGGGACAGAAAGAAGGCAAACAUGAGUUGAAAUUAGACAAAGAGUCUGAUGUGGAGAGGGCUAAAGCCAAUGCAGCUCUGUGGGAGGCCAGACUGGAGGUGACGGAAGGUUCACGGGUGGAAUAUCGUGAAGCUGCUCGCAGACUAGCCAGGGCCAACGAAGAGCUCACAAAUCAGCAGUAUAGAUCUGAGAAGGACACAAUUGAUAUAAUUGCUUUCCUGAAGAAGAAAGACCUCGAAAAAGAAGCAAAGAUUGUUGCCCUGGAAGAACAGCUAAAAGAGCAGAAGUCAAAAGCCUUACAAGAAAAAGAGCUUGUAGUUGCGGAGUAUAUGCAGAAGAUUGAUGAGCUGGAGGAGAAGUUUAAGAAGAGGUCCAAUGAUUUCCGCAUGAUUCAAGGGGAACUGAAGAACAUCAAGGAGUUCCACAAGAAGAAGGCCCAGAUGGAACAUGAGCUGAGCACUAUUAAAGAAAGUAUGUACAUUGCUGACCGUGAACACAAGGACAGUCUUGCAAGAAUGGAGCACAAAUUCUUCAGUGAGAAGGUACGUUUAGAAAAGGAAGCGGAGCAGAGAAUUGCUCAGCUAGCAGAGAAAGCCCACAAUGAAGCUAUUGUGCAGAUGGAUGAUGCUUCCCGUUCCGUGUUCAAGGAGAAUGUGCGUUUGAAUGAGGCACUGGGGUACCAUCUGAAAGAGGUGGAGGACCUGAGGAAGACCAAUGAGGCCCUAGCAAAAGAGAACACCUCCCUUACCCUGCAUAAGGAGAUGAGUGAGCUGAUGAUGAAAGAGAAUGUAGCCCAGCUGGCGGCGCAGCGAAGCGAGAUCGCUGAGCUCAGGGCCAAAGUUGCCACACUGGAGCAGGCCCUAAGCAUCAUGGCAGGCGAGUUUGAGCGGGAGAAGGCAGCUGUGCGGGAACGUGCCGUGGUCAGUACUCAGACCAGCAGCGUGGAGCUGGAGAAGCUCCAGAAGCUGCUGUCCAUGCGCGAGCAUGAGAUGAGCCGAGUGAAGCGGCUGGCGCAUAGAAUUGUGGAGCAGCGCACCCAGCUUGAACUUUUCUUCCAUGAGGCUCUGGCUCAGGUCAAGCAGGAGAUCACAGCCAGCCAACUCCAGUACAGACAGAAAGCAAUGGAGGCAUAUCGCAGACGAAUGAGCGAAGCACGGACAGGGAGGACAGAGUACCCCCGCAUACGCACCUUCAACAAGGCUCCCUACAGCACCAACAAUGUUUACACUGACCUGGAAGAGGCUGAGAAGUGGAACAACCUGCAGAGCUCUAAAGUGGACAUCUCAGAGCUGACCUGGGAGCAGAAGGAGCGAGUACUGAGACUGCUUUUUGCAAAAAUGAAUGGCUUAAAAAUAAGGAAAGCAGCCGAGCCUUUGGCUCUAACAGCAUCCUCUAAGAGGGACCGCAGUGGGAGUGAUCCAGGGGUCACAGAGGGAGAAUCACAUGCUACCUUCAUAACCCAGGCAGUGGUGUCCAACAUAACCUCCAACCCCAGCAGCCUCCCAGAUCUACAGACCACCUGAUUCUUGUUCAAACGGCCCUAUGAAAGCCACUGAUGACAUGAAACCAUGAUCACAUAACCAGAUGCAAAAAACAAGCACCUUAACCAUAUACAUUUGCUUAUAUAAAAAGAGGAUUGUGCAGGAACUCCACCAUGCCAGUUAAAAUAUAAUUUGGUUUGCUGAUCAAUAAACAAUAAAGUAAUUACUACCGUUUACUGACAAAUUAAGCACCCCCCCACUUUAUUUAUUCAAUUUUGUUCAACCCAAAGAGGUUCAGCAUAGUCAUAAAACACUGAGUAAGGUAGGCCUGUCCAUUCCAACUGGUCUUCGGAAAAUCUUUUAAACCCAAAAUCUAGUCAAGAAAAAUCAGAAGGACAAACUCAUCAAUCCAUUUAUUGGGGAAAAACUAAGGACAUUCCUUUGUUUAAGGUGGCUGGGCACUUGCGUAGUGCUUUUUGCAGCUGAACAAGCUGCAUUAAACCCAUCUUCUGGAACUAUGUGAAAACCAUUGGAUGUGAUCAAACAUGGAUUUAUAAGAACCACAUGACAAAGUGUUAAUGCUUUGUUUAGCUACAACUAGGUACAGUCUAAAUGACUUAAGAUUUUGAACUGUCUGUAGAAAAGUCCCCAGUAUAUGAAAUUGCAGAACAGCUAUACUGGUUAUACUGUUAAAAAGGUUGGCAUGACCACAUAAUAAACCAAAGCAUAGCCAAGAAGAGAAAGUGGAGCAUGUUGGAAGAGACAGUGGUAUGUCUGUGGUA